UGCUUUGCCUGAAUGCUGUCUAACCUCCCAUCUCUCCAUUCCUCACUGUCCAUGAAGGCUUGGUAUACCUUUUGUCCAUUAUAACCAUGACGUCGUAGAAAGGUAAAAAAAUACAAUAAGCAUCCCAGACUGUGUUAAUGUGGACUGCCUGCUAUGUCUUGUUGGCUACCAAACUAUGUGCAGCACAAACGAAACCAUGUGUGUAUCACAAACCACUGAAAUGCUGCACUCCAACUGGGCACGACACGGCCGAGUGUAAAAGAUGCCAUUGCUAAACUGACCUCUGGUCAUCUCAAAAUAAAAAUGACACUUUCUAAAUGGAAACUGUUCCUCAAAUGCGACUAUGAUUGGUCGUAACAUUUCUAAUUCCCUAGAAAUCCAAUUGUAGGUUAAAAGAAAUGCCAAGAGAUGGUUUGAAGAUGCCAGAAUUCAGUUUAGAAAGAAAUCUACUGCAUUUGUGCAAAACAGUAUCAUUAAAAAUGUUACAUACAUGUGGGUUUGUGCUUUUUAGAUAUAUGCACAUGCUGUAGGCUGCAUCGUUUGGUAGACCUCAAUAAUAUCUUGGCUGGGUAUAAAAGCAUGGACCAGUAGAAACAAAAUAUGGCUUUAGUCAUUACCCUUACCUUGCAGAGAAAAAUACAAACCUUAAAAGCAAACAAUAUGUAGAAAGGGGUACAAUGGUACUGGUGGUGUAAACUCACUUAUAAACUCUUAUAAUACAGCAUUUGACAAACCUAAAGGGCUUGCAGCGCUUAUCUGAAGUUAAACAUUACUAGAAUAAUCUAGAGCCAAAAUGAUACUUACCAGGCAACUAUUGACCUUGUAAAGAACAACAAAUAAACCAGUUACAAUUAAUAACGCUCUCUGCAUGCCAUUGGUUAUUCCUUUAUAAAGUAAAAACCCAUGCCAAAAUGUUUCUGUCACAUUUCAUGACACGGUUUGUGAUUUGUAUUUUGUGAUUCUAUCAAGGCCGCAGUAGAGUUCAGAGUUUCCUAAUGAAGCUUUUGUUUUCUUUGGACACAGCUGCAUGAACUCAAGAAAAUCAUAAUGGAUUUUGUGAUCAAAAUGAAAGCGAUUCAGAUUUUUUUUAUUUAAUAAUGGAAAAUAAUUUUUGCUUGCAGUUUGUAAAAUUAAUUACGAAUCAAACGCUUAUUUGCAAAUGUUUACAUGUAAAAUGUGUGCUUGAUUAUACGUUGGUUUUUGGAUCCAUCUUAUUUUGAGGAUGGGACCAGGAAACCCAGAUUACACUUGAAGCUGAUUAAAUUAAAACUCAAACAUUUUCCAAUGUUUAUGCGGCCUCAUUGUCAUGCACGUACACAUCAUCUUGCAGCACUGCGGUCAAGCAGCUUAAACUCCAGGUACAGAAUGAAGCAUUAAAAAGCUUUUCAUUCAGUUUAAAGAAACAUGCCAAGGCCAUAAGCAAAGCAGCAGCGAAAAACUAAAAAGAAAGUUUAAUUUAUAAAUACUUUAUAGAACUAGUUACAUCAUGGUUUAGGUUAUUCCAAGGCAAUAAGCUGUAUAGUAUUGCAGUGAAAUACACUAUAUUACCAGGACUGCAUGCAAUUCACAUUAUUACAUUUUCUUUUGCAUGAUGAUCAUACAAAUUAUUUACUUUAUCAAAUGUGUCUAUAUCAGCAGUAACAGCACGAAAAAAGAAAAACCCUAAACCCGCCUUUGUUUUAAUAUCCAUGCUGCUGAAUUUGAUAUUACAUUCUGUGAUAACACAGCAGGAUAAUUCAAGGUUUCCAGAACUGGAAAGACCGAAGCUGAGUAAAGCCCUUCGCACGCUGGCCUUCGCAUACCCCUACAUGUUCGACAACAUUCCAUUAUUCUACAGGAUAUUCCUGUGCUCUGGAGAGGGCUGCACUGACAACGAGACGAACGCCCUGCACUACAGACACACAGCCCUCGCCUUCCUCACCUGCUUCCUCUUCACUACGCACCUCCCCGAGAGACUCGCGCCCGGGAGUUUCGACUUCUUCGGACACAGUCACCAGCUUUUCCAUAUCUGUGCAGUUCUUGGCACACAUUUCCAGAUGGAGGCUAUAAUGAUGGACAAGACGAUCCGACGUGCCUGGCUCCUGAACCACGCUCCCGCCACCACUUUCACAGGGACUGUAGCUGCUGUUCUAGCCUGUGUCGCAUUAAACCUCUGCGUGAUCCUCGCGUUCUCCUUGGCCACGUGCUGGAAACCAGACUCCAAGAAACUGAGACAAGAAAAGGCCACUACCACGCUGUAUAAUCAGAAAGCUUUAUGAAUGUUUCUUCCAAGAAAGGGACACA